AUGGGCCGGCACAGGCAUGGCCCACCCCGCCCCGCACCGGUCGCCUUCCCCUGUGUCGCCCCGCGCCGCCAGCCUCCGCCUCGUGCCGCCCGCCUCCUCGCCCCUGCCCCCGCCUUCGCCUCGCACCACCCGCCCCCGCCUCCUCCUCACGCUGCCCGCCUACCCACCCCCACCCUAGCCGCCCUCGCCGUGCUGCCCGCCCCCGCCUCCGCUUCGCACCGCCCGCCUUCCCGCCCCUGCCCUGGCCGUUGUCGCUGCGCCGCCCGCCCGCCCCAGCCUCGGCCUCACGUUGCCCGCCUCCCCGCCCCCACCUCGGCCGCCUGCCCCCGCCUCAGCCUUGCGCCGCCCGCACCUUCCUCCGCCCCGCGCCGCCCACCUCCCCGCCCAGCGGCUUGGCAUGGCUCGUCGUGCCGCAACCGUGCCCGGGCUGGCCCGGCACGAUAA